GGAAGAUUUCUUUUGAUGUUCUUUUCUCUCUUGACAGCUUGUCUCUCGACUAUCUCAUUGUAUCCUUUUCUGCAUUCAUCUAUAUCAAACCAUCUUAGAUCAACGUCACUCGUUAUUAUCUUACAACUUUUACUCCAAUGGCGCCUCCAGCACCAGUGCAUACACCUUUUACCAAUACCUUGAGGAAUCUUCUCCUUAAAGGUCAUCUUUCUGAUAUGCAAAUCAUAUGUGGGGAUUUUACCUUUAAUGUCCAUCGCGUUAUCGUAUGCAGCCAGUCAUCCUUCCUGCAUGACGCUUUGGAUAGCCAGUUCGAGGAAACUGGAAUGCGGGAAAUUACCCUGCCCGCUUCGGAUUGUGAAACAGUCGAACGAGUAUUGUCGUACAUGUACAUCCAGGACUACAAAGAAGACGGGCAUGUCGUGCCGCUGGGUAGAAAAUCUCAGCAAGAUGAUCUGGACUCCGAUGAAGAUGAAGACAGCUCGGCUAUCUCAAUCGGUUCAGCAAGAACAUCUCUACACAUACCUACAGAAACCGCAUUGAAAUCAACUGUCGCGUUAGUCAAUGUCCAAGUCUACCUCGCAGCCGAAAAGUUCGACCUUUCGGGGUUGAAGAAACUCGCCGAGGAAAAGUUCACAUACUGGGCAAGGAAUAACUGGAAAUCCACCGCCUUCUUCGAUGUCAUUCAAGAUGUUAUGACGGCAGUGCCUCCUGGCUCAAAAUUUGAAGAAGUGCUUAUCAUGGUUAUCUCGGAAAAUAUCAAGGGCCUGGUCAAAGAUGGUGUGAUUAUCCCUCUUCUAGAAAAGUUCGGCGGCCUCGCUGCGGCAGUGAUUGCAAGAUUGGUCUGCACUGGAAGAGUGACUGGGCCAAAUGAAAGGCCAAGCAGUCGCUAUCAAAAAAACUGAGCUGACAUUAUUCGACAACAUGAGUAAGGACCUUCUUUAUGUUUACAUUUUCCCGAAGCGGGAUGCAUUCGUUGACAUCGGGUAUAAGCUUUAUGGUUUCUUAACACUGAAUUGGAGGCAUUAGGUUAGGGUAUAUUCAAUAGUUUCAUAGACAGCCGAUAGUUAGAAAGCUAAUAUUGCAGUCAUGCCUUCAAUUCGUCAGACCCUGUAGCUGAUCUGGAUUCCAUUUCCUCUCUAGGGCAUGAGAGAAGAAGAGAGAGAGAGAAUAUCCUUUGAACAAAAUGGAAGAAAAAAGAACUUUGACUGACUUCCAAGACAAUUACGAGAAAUAAAUAAAGUAUUGGGAUUAACUAGUUAACUUACCAGAGGAGGUUAAGGAUUGCAAUUGCCAAAAAUAAAAAUAGUGGAGGCCUGUAUUUAGAGGUCUCGAAAUGGAAUGCAGUACGGAGGAUACUCUCAUAUCAAACCGUG